AUGAAACUUAUAGUAUGUAACGAACUUCAAAGUAUAGAUACAACAAAAGUUUUGAACUCAGAUGCUUUGAAGAGUCUUAUAACAGACAAAGUUGGAGUUGUUGAAAGAAAGUAUAAAGACCAAAGAGUUUGUGAAAAUGUUGCAAAUUUCAUUAUGGUUUCAAACAAUGCUGUUCCGAUGAAGUUAGAAAGUUCUGACAGAAGAUAUGUAGUUGUCAGAACGUCAGAAGCUCAUAUGCAAGAUACAGAAUAUUUUGACGCUUUGUCAGAAACUUUGACAUCUGACUUUUACAACCACUUGUUCUCAUAUUUCAUGACAUUAGAUAUUUCAAAGUUCAAUCCAAGACAAAUUCCACAUACCGAAGAGAGACAAACAUUGUUAGAAGCAAACAAGAGUGUAUAUGAACUGUUCAUAGAUGAAACUGACUUUGAGUGUUUAGAUGAAAGGUCAUUGUACGAUUCGUAUAAACAAUAUUGUCAAGAAUAUGGUUAUAUGACAGCGUCUAAACGAACAUUCUUGGCAAAUGUCAAAAGUCUUUUAGACGUACAGAAUGGUGUAUAUACAAAGAAAAAUUUUUCUGAGUAA